AAAAGCACAGGGGAAAGUGAAACUACGACCGGAGUGAAAAACUAGUCAUGUUGUAGAGUGUCCCUUCCGUGACGGCAACAGCCGACAGAGAUUAGUUAGUUAGAUUAGGUGGAAAACACUACUCACUACUCACAACAGAUUCAAACAAAUCAUGUCAUCCGUAGCUGGAAACUUAACCUGCGUGGUGGCGGCCGUUGACGGCAGCGAACAGAGCAUGACCGCUCUCCGCUGGGCCCUACAAAACCUCAAGCUACGAUCACCUGCUUCCGAUUCCACCAACGCUGGAUCCUUUGUUGUUCUCCACGUCCAAUCCCCACCCUCCAUCGCCACCGGCCUCAACCCCGGCGCCAUCCCCUUCGGCGGCCCAACUGACCUGGAAGUACCGGCGAUCACGGCGGCGAUCGAGGCUCACCAGAAGCGUAUCACUGAAGCCGUACUCAAUCACGCUUUAGGAAUUUGCGCUGAAUUCAAUUUGGCUGAACCGAGGAUCAAGACCCAUGUCGUUGUGGGAGACCCAAAGGAGAAGAUAUGUGAAGCUGCACAGGAUCUGAAUGCUGAUGUGCUUGUGAUGGGGUCCCGUGCAUUUGGCCCUAUUAAGAGGAUGUUCCUUGGCAGUGUUAGCAACUACUGUGCCCACCAUGCUCAGUGCCCAGUCAUUAUUAUCAAGGGAAAGGACAAUGUCGACAAGAAAAACUAGAAAAAGGAUGGACAAGGAGAUGUAAAACAAAACCAAGGAAAAGUUUCAAAGAAAUCCAGCGCAGAAGGAAGGAAUAAAUGCAGACCUAGCCAUCUAAAUUACCUUAAUAAACAGAAUAAAGUGAACAACUGAAAUAAACAAAAUAUAAAGGGUCUGUUACUGUGAGCACCCACUAAAUACUUUGAGUAGUGCUUGCACCCCAAUAGCAUGAAUUAUACUUGUAUAAAAAUUUGUUGAGGACUGAAGUAUCCAAUUUGAACACUUUUUAGGACAAUUUGAAUGUUUACUCUUAAAUUAUUUGGUGAAAAUCAAUAAAAUGUAAACAAAUAACAACCAACGAUAGACUGUAACCUAUAGAUUCGUACAUAUUGAUGCGCAAAAGAAUUCAUAACAAUCAGUACAACUAUUUUUCUUGUAAUUGCGCUUUCAUAUAGAACAGAAUGUAUACACGCAUGUAUGGCUGAAUGUUUUCCUUGAGAUACUUAUUGUUCUUAGGUGCAUAUAAUAUUUUGAGCAACUCUCGGUCCCAAGAUAC